AUGUCUCUCCACCGCUGGGAGAGCCAAGCUCAACGUGGCAGAGAUAUCCUCAACAAUUCUAUUCCAAAGCAAUGGCUUGCACCAACCGACACUCUCCCUCCCGCAACCCAAAAGAAUGUGAUCGAUUUCCCAAGAAAGAGUGGUCUCCUCAGCGAGCGAGAGCUCUCCAUAACCGAACUUUCCGCGACGCAACUGGUAACAGAAAUGGGAGGAGGGAAGCUUAAGGCUGAGGAGGUGGUCAUCGCGUUUCUAAAGAGGGCAGUCCUUGGACACCAGCUGCUUAACUUUGCCACGGAAUUCAUGGCAGACCAAGCGAUUUCUCGAGCGAAAGAACUAGAUGCGUACUUUCAACGUACUGGGAAAUUAGUUGGACCUCUGCAUGGUGUCCCUAUAAGUGUCAAAGAACAUGUCGAGCUCAAGAACAGGACUUGCAAUACAGGAUAUGUGGCAUGGGUUGAUCAGAUUGCUACUGAAGAUGCUUAUCUAGUGCAACUGCUAUCGAAUGCUGGUGCCGUGUUCCACGUCCGAACAAACCAGCCCCAAACACUCAUGCAUCUUUGCUGUGUCAACAACAUAACCGGCGCAACACUGAACCCUUAUAACCGGACUUUGACACCAGGAGGUUCAUCUGGAGGCGAAGGUGCUUCAACCGGCUUCAAAUGUUCACCUCUCGGCAUUGGAACUGAUAUUGGUGGAUCCAUCCGCGUGCCGGCUGCGUUCUGUGGCUCUUAUGGAUUCCGGCCAACAUCAAUGCGUCUCCCAAGGGCAGGUCUUAAAGUUGCCGCUAGUGGACAAGAGACGAUUAAUGGUGUCGUGGGUCCGUUAGCGAGUAGCUCUUUGGAAGAUAUUGAGUUAUUCCAGAAAGCCGUACUGGACCAAGAGCCUUGGGAUACCGAGACCUCGUUAGCACCUGUCCCGUGGAAGACAGUCACGCCUAAUCGGAAUAUGACUGUUGGUAUUAUGUGGGAUGAUGGAUGUGUCCGUCCUCACCCUCCAAUUGUUCGAGGCCUCAAACUCGCAAAGGAAAAGUUGCUUGCUGCCGGGAUUAAGGUCGUUGACUGGGAGCCGUAUAAGCACGACCACGGCUAUAACAUCAUUGUGAGUUAUGAAUUGGCCUCUAGAAUUGAUCACAAGUUGCUCACUCAUAUAUCCAAACAGUCCAGUUUAUACUACCCUGAUAGUGCAGCCCUACAGCGCAAGAUCAUUCGCGAAUCGGGCGAGCCGGUUCUGCCAUUAAGCGACUGGGUAUUCAACUUCUCGCGCUCUAGUCCCCUCAGUCAUCCCGAGGCCUGGGAGUUGCAGCACGACAGAGAUGUUUACCGAGACGAUUACAAUGCUCUCAUGAAGAGUCGCGGAGUCGAUUUCAUUCUCUCUCCUGCAUACCCAGGUGUUGCAGCGGUAUACGGCGAAUCGCAUUAUUGGAACUAUACCGCGAUUUGGAAUGUCUUGGAUCUGCCUGCUGCUAUCUUCCCAUCUGGAAUCAGUGUUGAUCCAAAACUGGAUGCAUUAACCGAACAAGAUAAGAAAUAUAAGCCGCGCAGCGAGGUUGAUGAAAGGGAGUGGGAGAAGUAUCAAGGCCCGGAUCGGUAUGAGGGUGCACCUGUAGCAUUACAGGUUACUGGUAGACACUUCAAAGAUGAGGAGACUUUGGCUGCAGCCAAGUUGGUGGAGGAAGUUAUCAAGGGUGGAAAGAAGGAUUCUAAGCUCUGA